ACCUUAUAUAAAGUGUAAUACCAUGAGAACAAGACCAGUCUGAGAUCUUGGGUUUAUUUUUCUGUUAUGUCGAUUCACUUCUUCAGCAGUGAGCCAGUCAGAAUAUUUAUCUCAUAUAAUAUACUUCAGAUUCACAGUGAAGACCAGUCAGAGAACCACGAUGGGUGAAUUCACAUGGAUCACACUGUCUUUACUUUUUCUACAGAUAUCAGCGGAAGUCACUGAAGAAAAUGUGUUUGUCAGAAAUGGAAGUGAUGCCACUCUGCCUUGUGGAAAUGUGAUGGAUGGUCAGCAUGAAUGUAAUGGUACAACCUGGAACUUUGUCAGAAAAGAAACAGCAGAGGAGCUUGUUGGUCAUGGAAAGAUUAAACCUGAAUUCCAAUCAGACAGACUGGCUGUUACAGCAGACUGCUCCCUUCUUAUAAAGAAUGUCACCAAGGAGGAUGCCAACCAGUACACCUGCCAACAGUACAGAUACAAUCCAAUAAAAGGUGUUCACAGAUAUGGGGGAGACGCUAAGGUUUAUCUGUCUGUCGUUACCUUGACAGAACAUCAGGACACAGAUAAAAGGAUGUUCAACUGUUCUGUGUGGACAUACAAACAGUGUAAACAUAAAGUGAGGUGGCAGUUUGAGAAAAACAAUGAGAAGAAGUACAAACAAGAUUCGAGCACAGUGGAUGGCAUAUGUUCAAACACCACUACAUGUCUUGGUUGUAAAUCCAAGAAUUCUGAUUCAUUAACAUGUGAAGUGACAGAUACAAAUCAGAAAGUGUAUCCGUUCCCCUUUAAGUCUUCAGAUCAGAAAACAGGUGAGGAAAAAAAGGUGAAUGUGGAGACAACAAGAGUCACACCAACAACAAGAACGACGACUAAAGUAACAGCAGUGGAAAACACUGAUGAAAACAAAAUAACCACAGAGUCUCCAACUAUUUCAGGUUUUCCAGACUGGGCAAAGUUCUUCAUUGCUUCAGGUUUAGCAGCACUUCUAGUAACUACUGUGGUGCUUCUCAUUUGGAACAGAAAAAAAGGGGAGAAAACACAGAUGGGAGAAGGCACUGUUGCUGACCCUGAAGAUGCUGUUCCCUACGCCUCAGUUCACUUCACCAAGAAGGCCAGAAAAGCUGGGGCCCAGCGUAAAAAUGAUGAUGAUGAUGAUGAUGAUGAUGAUGCAGUGACAUACAGCACCGUUAAAGCCUCCUCCUCUUCUGCUGCAGACUCCUGUGAUCCCAGCAUCCUCUAUGCUACUGUAAACAAACCAAAAUAGUGUCCAUGUAACCAAAUAGUGUAGACCACAGCAGUGUUUCAUAGCAGUUCACCUAUCAGUUCGCUGUUUUUAUGUUAUUAUAGUCUUUCAUGUUCUAAAAUUAACGUGUUGAAAAAAUGUUAAAAGAAGAAAAAUAUAUUAAGCACCUGUGUCUGCUUAUGAUGGUUAAACUGUAAAAAAAAAAAAGCUAUAUAGGCUAAUGCUUUUUUGAUUGUAGACAUAUUUGUAAUGAAAACAGUGGUUGAAAUAAGAUGUUUUCUGGAAUUAAAAUGAACCAAACUUUCUACUGAACUUCAGUGAAUGUAUAAAGCUUCUAUUUUGGGCCAAACUUUCUGAUGUUCUCUGCUUGUUUUUGAGAAAUACAGAUGGAAAGAGUA